ACUUGCCCAUUUGUGAAUCUGGCUUCUCAACUCCUCGCUUCACUUCACCUGUGCCUCCCAGUUCCGUGCACUUUGCAGGCGCCCGCCCGCCCCUCGGCCACCUCUGCCGCGUGCCGGGCACCUCCUCUCGCGCUCUCCCUGCUCGCCCACCCACCUCCCGCCGCCCCGUGCCACGCUGGUUUGGGUGGCUGCUCCGCGCUGGGUUUCUCCUCCACUCCUCUUUCCCUCUGGUCCUUCCUGUUCUCUUCCUCCGGCUGCUGCUGCUGCUUUUCAUGCAGUUGGGAACCCAGGACGCAGGCGGCUGCUCCGUGGCGCUCUUCCAGAACGCGCGGGGUUAACUGCCUCCGCGCCCUUCCGCGGAGACUCCGAGGAACACGCGAAGAACUCUCCCACCUGCAGCCCCCUUUUGCCUGGCAGUUCUGCAUUGCAUCGCAUGGAAGUGGAAAAAGAAAAAAAAAAAAUGUUCAAACUGCUUGGAUGUUGGGAUAAAUUAAGCUGAACCUACUUGGGUCUCCUGCUGCCUCCUCCUCUUCCUUCGUUUGCACCUUUCCUCUGUGUGGCUUCCCGGAGUGUGCAGUUAAAUCAUCAGACCAGAGGUGCCUAGAGAUCAGGAGGAAGACGCCUCUCUGACAUGUGUGGCAUUCCGGGGCUCCCUAGGAGGGUUGCUAUACCUGGGUGGACUUUGGAAUCCUAAAUUUCAGCCCCAGGAAAGAGGGGCUUCCUAUCUUUUUUUGUUUUUUUUUUUAACUGAUUCAUCAUCUGUCUUGAAAGCGCUUGUUCCUUCCCUCUUUCCAAAAUUCGGGCAAGUCUUCCUCCUGCUAUGAUGGGCCCCUGGGCAUCAUGAACUUCAUUAUUCCUCACUGGCUGGAAUUCAAACUGCCCAUCUGUAGUGGUCCAGUGCGUUGACCAUGCACCUGAGAAUCCACGCAAGACGGAGCCCUCCUCGCCGGCCGGCCUGGACGCUUGGGAUCUGGUCCCUCUUCUGGGGAUGUAUCGUCAGCUCUGUGUGGAGUUCCUCUAAUGUAGCUUCCUCCUCCUCCUCCUCUUCCUCGCCGGGGUCUCACUCUCAGCACGAGCACCAUUUCCAUGGCAGCAAGCAUCACUCAGUGCCUAUUUCUAUCUAUCGCUCCCCUGUUUCCCUUCGAGGAGGGCACGCUGGCGCUACGUACAUCUUUGGGAAAAGCGGAGGCCUCAUCCUCUACACCUGGCCGGCCAAUGACAGGCCCAGCACGCGCUCUGACCGCCUUGCCGUGGGCUUCAGCACUACCGUGAAGGAUGGCAUCUUGGUGCGCAUCGACAGUGCUCCAGGCCUUGGCGACUUCCUCCAGCUUCACAUAGAACAGGGGAAAAUUGGAGUUGUCUUCAAUAUUGGCACAGUUGACAUCUCUAUUAAGGAGGAGAGAACCCCUGUAAAUGAUGGUAAAUACCACGUGGUGCGCUUCACCAGGAACGGUGGCAACGCCACACUUCAGGUGGACAACUGGCCUGUGAAUGAACAUUAUCCCACAGGCAACACUGAUAAUGAACGCUUCCAAAUGGUAAAACAGAAAAUCCCCUUCAAAUAUAACCGGCCCGUAGAGGAGUGGCUGCAGGAAAAAGGCCGGCAGUUAACCAUCUUCAACACCCAGGCGCAAAUAGCCAUCGGUGGAAAGGACAAAGGACGCCUCUUCCAAGGCCAGCUUUCUGGGCUCUAUUAUGAUGGUUUGAAAGUAUUGAACAUGGCAGCUGAGAAUAACCCCAAUAUUAAAAUCAACGGAAGUGUCCGGCUGGUGGGAGAAGUCCCAUCAAUCUUGGGAACAACACAGACAACCUCCAUGCCACCAGAAAUGUCUACCACUGUCAUGGAAACCACCACUACAAUGGCUACUACCACAACCCGCAAGAAUCGCUCUACAGCCAGCAUUCAGCCAACAUCAGAUGACCUUGUUUCAUCUGCUGAAUGUUCAAGCGAUGAUGAAGACUUCGUUGAAUGUGAGCCGAGUACAGCAAACCCCACGGAGCCGGGAGUCAGACGGGUUCCGGGGGCCUCAGAGGUGAUCCGGGAGUCGAGCAGUACAACAGGGAUGGUCGUCGGCAUUGUGGCUGCUGCCGCCCUCUGCAUCUUGAUCCUCCUGUACGCCAUGUACAAGUAUAGGAACAGGGACGAGGGGUCCUAUCAAGUGGACGAGACGCGGAACUACAUCAGCAACUCGGCCCAGAGCAACGGCACGCUCAUCAAGGAGAAACAGCAGAGCUCGAAGAGCGGCCACAAGAAACAGAAAAACAAGGACAAAGAGUAUUAUGUGUAAAAAUGACACCGCUAACAAUACGUGAAUUUAAAACACAGAAUUAUUUAUAUAUAAAUAUAUGAAUACUUGGGAAAUGAGAUUUAACAGAUGUCAGAACUGUGAUAACUAUGAGACGGGGUAUAUACCAUGACUAUGGUGGGGAAAACCAUUUUUAAAAGGACACACAUAAAGAUGUACUUACCUAUAAUGUUCAGCCAGGGCUGCUUUGAUUCAGUCAUCACUCGGAGACAGAACAUUCUUUCUGCCCUGCUGUAUCAUAAAGCACACACUUUGCCCUCUGGAGCAAGCUGGUGGCUCCCCCACUUUCGAAGACUUGGAAGCUUCCUUCUCUUGAGAACCUUUCAGCCAAGGUAGAAGACUUCAUGGCUUACUUGUUCCAUAACUCCAAGUGAGUCUGUAAUGAUGUUUGUGAAGCUUGACUGUAACAAUGUUUUUCUUUUGGUUUAAUUAUGUAAAAAACAAAAGCAAAAAAAGAAAAGAAAAAAGUUAAAAACAAACAAAAAAAAAACCACCCUUAUCUGGUUCUGGCCAGUGUGCGUGUAACUUUUCAAGAUCUGAGGGGAAAAAUGGCUUUGGGUUUUUGUUUAUUUUUUGAGAAUGACUGGACAUAAGAAAAAGAAAAAAAAAAAACUCAGAAAACAAAAGUAAGAGAGACUAUUGCCAUAUGAACUCAAAAGCUACCAUGGUGUUCACUCUACAUAUCAGGUUGUGGUGUUUCUAGAAUCUGUUGUUUGUUUCCUAUGAGAUGCUUUGCUGAAAACAUAGCAAAAUCAUGUGAUGGAUGAUAAUAUUGAUUUGAAAAGCUUGUCCCUCAGGAUCUAAUUCCAGAAUUUGCCACCCAAACCCUGAACAGAUAGGGUUAGGGCUGGUUUUAUCAGAGCUAUUGGCUUUACUUAACAAUAUAGUUCCUGUCCAUUAGCCCAGCCAAAUUGUGGUAAAGGAGAAAGCCCCACAAACUCACACAGAGCCUUUCCUAGGGAAGGGGAAGGGGGGGUGGGCUGGAUCUGUGAGUGAUUGAAAUGCAUGCAAAUAUGAAAGAAAAGACAAUGCCAAAAGUCUGUUCAAGAAUCCAAACAGACAAUAGGGGAGUUCAACUUGUGACGGAAACACAAAAGGUCGCACAAGCCAAACGUGGCACCACAGAGUGCAAAAUACAUAGUUCUUUCCCCGCCCCCAACGUGUUUUUCAUAGUGGUUUAAUUUUGUAGCCUAACACUUUCGGAUAACUUUAUCGUUCCAUUUGCUCACAUCUCCUUUCACCCAUCUUUUCUAAAAAUAAAUAAAUAAAUAAAUAAUGAAUAAAGCUGCUGUGACACACACACAAAAAAGGAAUUUAAUAGUAUAAUAUAUAUAUAAAUAAAUAUAUAUACAGAUAUAUUUAUCAUGGUAUGUUUGAUGAGAUGGCUGAAACAGAACAACUGUUCAAGUCUUGAAGUGGAAUGAGAAUGUUGUUUUAGAAGAAAAUAACAAAACAACAAAAAAGUAAACCUUAAAAUGUGAAGAAAGUGUGAGUUUUAGUUUUGUCACAGUUAACUGUGUCAAAGAGAAUAAAAAAUCUCAGAUUUUGUUUACAUAUUUUACUACAUUUUUGCUGGUAUAAUUCCUUAGCCACCUAUGUACAUACUGCUUUCAGAACUGUUCUUUCCUUUCUAUUUGUUUAUUUCGGUUUGUGUGGGUUAUAUUCCAGUUGUCUUUCUUUCUUUUUGAAAAAAAGGAAACAAUGUACAGAAAAACAAUAAACUGGUUGUGUGGCCAUAGCUAUCCAAAAAGCAGGAGACAAAGAGAGACAAAUAUUCACACAAAAAGGAAGUGUGUCCUCUGGAGGGUCAGAUAUACACAAUUUCUUUUGUACAGAUGAAAAUCAAUCAGCUGUUUAGAUUUAGAAAUCUAUUCUUGCUGGUCUUCGUAAGUUGCAUGAAUAUUUGACUAUGAAAAAAUAUCUUAAAGACAUGGGGCGAAAAGCGCGAUCUAAACAAUGGUAGCGUUUACUAAUGUGUAUGGAAAGAGGUGUUCCUCAUUAUCUGAUAUUUCAGUGUAUUAAGAACUUUGGAUUUUUUUUUGUUGUCUUUAAAAGAGACAGGAUUAUAAAGAGAUGUCCAAGCACGAUUUUAGAUAACCUAAUGGCCCAACCUAUAUGAAGUUGAUUAUAUCUCGAUGUCUGUCAAGAUUGCUGUUCUUGGAGUCUUGAGGUCUUGUGAACUGAUUUCCUGCUUUCUUUCUUCACAUUUUUUUAUUUGAGUAAAAAUACAUUUGUUAUAUUCCUUUUAGUGUAAGUUUCUAUUUGGACAAUUUUAUGGGAACAUGUGCAUUCUGUAUGUGAGCUUCUAUCAUAUUCCUGUUGUUUUAUGAGCAGACUCUUGAGGAAUUUAUUUUAUGAUGUUGUGACGUUGCUGCUUUUUCUUUUCUCUUUUCUCUUUUAUUUCAUAUUUGCAUUUUCGUUCAAGGAUAUGCUUAGCAAUAAAAUGUUCUUCCCAAAA